UUGGCGAGGAAAUUUUCGAGCCGAGCGGAUCCCCACCCAAGGCUGGCCAAGGGCCGACCGCGAGGAGGAAAGGAAGAAGCGCCGACCGACGGCGGCACAGUUGCUCUCAGCACACAUUCGGAGGCGCACACGCGAGAGGCAGCACAAGAGCAGCAGCAGCACCGCUAAUCAGCAGAAGAGAGCCUCAGCAGCCGCUGUCUCGCUCGCGCGCAGUUACUUCCAGACACCUGCGCCAGCCGCUUUUGGACAUCCAAAGCUCAGCACACACAAUCGUCGCACACACAACGCCGCUCAGGUGUUGCUGACAAUGCUAUUGAGAAUAUUAAUCGUCACGGCCCUGCUCGCCCAGGGCCUGGUGGGAGAAGAGGUUGUGGACAAUGAACCUGAGGCGUCCGAGGUGGAGAGCGUGCAAGCGGAGGAGCUUCGGCCGCCGCUGCCGCAGCCCAAAGUGCGCGGCCCCGACCCAGCCGGCGACAAAAUCGACCUCGGUCCGCUGGGCCCAUUGGGCCAGAUCGGAGGCCCGUUGGGCGGCCCCUUCGGAGGCGGCCCUCCGGAGGCGUGGCAGGGCGACAUGCCCAAGAUCGUGCAGCUGGACGUCAAGUGCGAAAAGAACUUCAUGAAGGUGCUGCUGGUGUUCGACAAGCCCUUCUACGGCAUCGUCUUCUCCAAGGGCCACUACAGCAACGCCAACUGCGUCCACCUGCCCGCCGGUCUCGGCAAGACCUCGGUCAAGUUUGAGGUCGGCAUCCACGCGUGCGGCACCCAGGGCAACACCGAGAACGGCCUCUAUGGCUACGGCGCCGACUCGGGCAGCGGCACCUACUUCGAGAACACAAUCGUCGUCCAAUACGAUCCUCAGGUGCAAGAGGUUUGGGACCAGGCGCGCAAAUUGCGGUGCACUUGGCACGAGCAGUACGAAAAGGCGGUGACCUUCCGGCCGUUCGCCGUGGACAUGCUUGACGUGGUUCGGGCGGACUUCGCCGGCGACAACGUCGGCUGCUGGAUGCAGAUCCAAGUGGGCAAGGGGCCGUGGGCGUCCGAGGUGUCCGGCCUGGUCAAGAUCGGCCAGACGAUGACGAUGGUGUUGGCCAUCAAGGAGGACGACAACAAGUUCGACAUGCUGGUGCGCAACUGCAUGGCCCACGACGGCAAGCGGGCGCCCAUCCAGCUGGUGGACCAGCGCGGCUGCGUCACGCGCUCCAAGCUCAUGUCGCGCUUCACCAAGAUCAAGAACUUCGGCGCCAGCGCGUCCGUCCUCUCGUACGCGCACUUCCAGGCCUUCAAGUUCCCCGACUCGAUGGAGGUGCAUUUCCAGUGCACCAUCCAGAUCUGCCGCUACCAGUGCCCUGAGCAGUGCGCCUCGCCCACCCAGGAGCCGGACGAGCUGUAUGGCCCCCCGGUCGACCACUACCUGGCCGCCGCCUCCGCCCCCAGCCCCAACGGCCGCCCCCGCGACGAACGCCGAGCCCGACGCGCCACCCCUGACGAGCAGGAGGAGGUGGGCGUGCAGAAGAUCAUCAGGGUCGUGUCCACCGGCGACCUGACCUUCAGCCUGGACGAUGAGCAGCAGCGCAACGACACCAGCAGCACCCUGGUCUUCCCGGUCAACAGCAACCCUGACAAGGGCUACGUCUGCAUGACCACCCUGGGCUUCGCGUCCACCCUGAUGGUGUUGCUGCUGGUGCUGCUCGUCUCGUGUCUCCUUUCGGCCGCGCUUUACUGCAAACUCAGGCCCAAGAGCGUCCCGGCGCCGCCCAAGCACGCCCGCUGCGCCUACUAGGAGCCCCUCUUCGUCUAGCCCCACCCCCGGUACAACCUCCGACUGAAUUUACCGCCUGUUAAGGACAAUCGAAAUCCGAAUUGCAGUUUAAAAAAAUUAACGAAUUGAAAUUGUUAAAAUUUUUACACUUUUUGAUUAGAUCGUUUGAUUUUUUUCUUGAAAUAAGAGAUUUUUAAUCGAAUGCAGUUCAAAGAUGAGCGGGCGAGAACCGAACGGUUGUGGCAAUGCAGUGAACAAUCAUGAUCCUCUCUUGCGUGUGUUUUAUUUUUUUGUGCUCCGCUCUUGCAUUUACCGCAAUUGUGUACAGGUCUCGUUUCCGCAGUUGUUUUUAAUGGUCAGGUAAAUUUAUCAUGUGAAUGCUCAGCAUCGCGCGACUUCUACUGUUUUUUGUAGGGAUCCAUUCAUAUUAAUCUUUAACUUAUUUAUUUAUUAAUAUCUUAUUUAAUAAUUUGUAUAUCUUAAAACGAAAAUCGUCGACGACACUCAAACGCAACCCGGACGAGUCGGACGAGAAAUAAAAAAAGGAGAGAAGAUAUAAACGAAAAGCUUAGCUCAAUACGUGCUCAAUUAUAAUUUUGUCGGGACUGCGCCGCGCCGACGCAAUAUUUGAAGUUGCCAUGUGUGUAAUUGUUGAAAAGUUUGAAAUAUAUGUGCACUUCCGGCUGCUGCAAAAGGUUAUAUCAGCGAAAAGUCACAAGUAAUAAAAGUAUACACAAAAGUAAA